GACUUCUUAUCACUCUUGCAUUUAAUUAUGAUUGUGUGGUUGUUCAAUACAAUAAAUAGCAGAAGACGAAAGAUGAAGGAGAUGAAAGCAACCCACCAAAUAAAAAAGAGAAAGAUGAAGGACUUGAAUGAAGAGCAGAGGAUAACAUGGAACGAAAUGAUUGAAGAGCUCAAAGAGAAAAACGAAGAGCUGGAAGAUAUGAAGGAUACGAUCUCUGCCCUCUGCGUAAAAGAGAGUCAAAGCAACCAUGAGAUUCAUGAAGCACGCCUUGAAUUGAUUAAGGAAUUGAGAGAUUUAGCUGGCAAGAAUUCCACGAUCAGAGUCAAGAGAAUGGGAGCACUUGACGAAAGGCCCUUCUUAGAGGCAUGUAAGGAGAGAUUCACCGGUGAAGAAGCAACGGUGCAGGCUGACAUGCUUUGCUCGAAAUGGCAGGAUAACCUUCAGGAUCCAGCGUGGCACCCUUUCAAACUCCUUGGGACUGGAGAAAAUAUGACGGAAGUUGUGGAUGAAGAAGAUGAGAAACUUAAGGCUUUAAGAGAAGAGUGGGGAGACGAUGUGAAGAACUCUGUUAAGACAGCACUCGAGGAAUUCAACAAGUUUAACCCAAGUGGUCGGUACAUAGUUCCGGAACUUUGGAAUUUUCGACAAGGGAGGAAAGCCACACUCAAAGAAGGGAUUACUGAAAUGAUGUAUUUGAUCAAAUCUCGCAAACGCAAGUACCCAUAUGAUGAGGAGGCAAAGAAGAAAAUGAAAGAGUUGAAUGAAAAGCUAGAGGAGAAGUGUUCUGAGCUAAAAGAAGUAGAGAUUAGGAACACGAUCCUCGUCAUAAAAGAACGUCGAAGCAGUGAGGAGAUAGAAGAAGCACGUGAAGAAUUGAUUACGGGAUUGAGAGAGAUAUCGGAUGAUCGAACGACGAUUGGAGUAAAGAGGUUGGGAGAAAUUGAUGUGAAGCCGUUCUUGAAUGUGUGCAACCAGAGAUUCACUGGUGACGAAGUUUAUUUUCAGUUUGCUAUGCUUUAUUCGAAAUGGCAACAUAACAUAAAUGAUCUUUCAUGGGUACCGUUCAAAGUGUUGGAGGACGAAGACGGUUCAAAGGAAUUUGUAGAUGAAGAAGAUGAGAAACUCAUGAAAUUGAGAGAUGAGUGGGGAGAUGAAGUGAAAAACGCAGUUAAGAGAGCACUGGAGGAGUUUAAUGAGUUUAAUCCAAGUGAUAGGUACUCAGUCCCGACACUUUGGAAUUUCAAGCAAGGAAGAAAAGCUACACUUAAAGAAGGGAUUACGUACUUGUUACACGAGAUCAAAUCCCUCAAACGCAAACGAACUGAAUAAGUUAUGACCCUUGUGUGUUUGUAAAGGUAAUUGGAAUAUUAGUCGUUGUUUCUAAUCAUUUUGUAUCUCCAAAUUAAGCUAAGCUAAGCUCAACUCAUGGAACGUUGUCUUUUGACAUUCUGGUCUAGUUAAUUUUUACUAAAGUCAAAUAUUAUAU